ACAGCGAAACCCUGUUGUCGCAUCCCGCAGCUCCAAUACCACAUCACCGGUUAUUUGGAUCAAGGUUCGAAUGAUAUUUAAGAAGAAGAUUAGAGACGUUAACGAUUCACAGGACUCGAUAAAAAAACCGAAAGCUCAAUUCACUGUCCCCGAACCUGAGAAAAUGCAAGAUACGACAGUUUUACUUGGAAAGAGCAGCAAGAAGUCAGAAAAUAGGAGGAGGGCAAGGAAAGUCGGAGAAUAG